CUCCACUUGGGUCUUGGUAAACAGCACCGCCCCGAUGGUUGUUUGUUUUAAGUGUUGAACGAUCCAUCGCAGAGCGCCGUGCUCGAUUGACACUGUCUGCUGAUCUGCUACUGCGGAUAGCUCAGAAUAACACGGCUGCUCGCUAAUUCCCGUCUAUCGGGGCUUUCGCCGAAACACCGAGAGAGUAUAGGGUCCAGAAAAAGCCAACAAGGCAGGCAAGAACACCGCGCCGCCGGAGUCCGCACCCCAGAAUGGCUUCAGGAGACCUUUACGAGGUGGAGCGGAUCGUGGACAAGAGGCGGAACAAGAAGGGUAAGUGGGAGUACCUGAUAAGGUGGAAAGGUUAUGGAAGUAAGGAGGACACAUGGGAGCCAGAGCAUCACCUACUGCACUGCGAGGAAUUCAUUGACCAGUUCAACAGCUUGAGACUGCACUCACACAAACGGCCCAAAGUUCCAAAAAAUCGUCCAGAGCCCCUCAUCACCAGCCAGCCAUCUGCUACAGAAAACUCCCGAGCUCGGUCUGAGGCCCGAAAGAAGAAAAGGACUUUAGGCCCAGCUGUUGGGGUUAGAGUAGGAGCUGUUCUAGGGAUUGGAAGUGGAGGGUCAGGACCCACUCAGAAGCAGAGGAAGGUGGGUCUUGGACCUGGGAAACCUGCUUUAGGGGACAGAAUAAGCAAAGCCAUGACAUACAAGGCUCCUCCCUCCGGAGGGCCACACUUUGUUCACCCAGUGAGGAUUCCUCCUAAUGGACUCCAGAAUGGAGACAUGGAUCCUCUCAUGUACAGGACAGCAGCAAGGUCACAUAGACUGCCCUCGGACAGAGUGGAUGGGGAACUAGGAGACAUGGAUACCACUAGACAGCAGUUCACCACUGAGUCAGGCUCCCCUCUGGCCAAUGGCAAGAUGCACCUACACAGCUCAGUAAAGCGGAAGUUGGCUGAGGAGAGAGGCUACGUGUUCGACAAGCGGCUCAGGUACAAUGUGCGACAGAACGAGAGCAACUGUCGAUUCCGAGACAUCGUGGUCAGGAAGGAGGAAGGCUUCACGCAUGUGCUGCUCUCCAGCCAAACAACAGACAACAACGCUCUGACACCAGAGAUCAUGAAGGAAGUGUGUCGAGCUCUGGGUAAUGCAGCUGCUGAUGACAGUAAAUUAUUAUUGCUCAGCUCCGUGGGGACUGUUUUCUGCAGUGGCCUGGAGCCGUCGUAUCUGAUAGGCCGUCUGUCCACUGACCGCAGAAAAGAGAGCAGCCGCAUCACAGAUGCCGUACGGGAGUUUGUGUUGGCAUUCAUCCACUUCAAGAAACCCAUUGUGGCAGCAGUAAACGGACCUGCUCUGGGCUUAGGGGCUUCCAUCCUGCCCCUGUGUGAUGUGGUGUGGGCCAGUGAGAGGGCCUGGUUCCAAACUCCAUGUGCAGCCCUCCACCUCACUCCUUCUGGAUGCUCUUCCUACACCUUCCCCCAGAUCCUUGGCGUAGCACUGGCCAAUGAGAUGCUGUUCUGUGGAAGAAAACUUACAGCACAAGAAGCAUGCAGUCGAGGUCUGGUGUCGCAGGUCUUCUGGCCAACCACAUUUAACCAAGAAGUGAUGCUGCGUGUGAAGGAAAUGGCAUCAUGCAAUGCAGUGGUUUUAGAAGAAUCCAAAUGCCUGGUGAGGAGUAUCCUCAUGCCAGUCCUGGAGGAAGUGAAUGACAAAGAGUGCCGGAUGCUGAAGCAGCUGUGGUGUUCAACCAAAGGACUAGAGGCACUCUUCAGUUACCUGCACAACAAGGCGUAUGAGAAGUGAUCAUCCACACCCAGAAAACCGAUGGCUGUGGGUCAAAGGUUAUCUACAGAAGGACAUCCAGGAUGAUAACGGUGUGAUCUCAAAUUGAAGGAAAGGUUGCAUUAAGGGUCUUGUUUCCAUCCAUCAGCAGAGGGGAUUCUCUGGAGUUUCUGUUCACUUCCAUGUCUACCAACAAUAAGUGAUCAUCUUUUUCUUCUGUGAAUCAACAUAUAUUUAUUGGACCCAUAACUGUCCAGAUGUUUUAUUCUUCGAAUGAGUCAAAGAGGAAAGGGCCAAAUGUGCAUUGCUUAAAUACACACUGAAGGUGGUUCCUCAGGGAGAUACAGAGUGUCUCUGUACAUAUGUAUGUGUUUAUGAAAUGAUCAGGACGUCUGAAAUCAGUGUAUGUCUGAUAGCACAUGAUAAAUAUGCGAUAAUAUAUAUAUUGAUUAUAUAUUUAUUUCAAGAGUGUAAAACAGUUUCUUUCUGAAUAUAAGGAUUUCCUUUGGCUUAUCGUAUUGAGCUGAAAUGUAAAUCAUUGUUUGCAUGAGGACAGUUUCUUGCUCCUUACAUGCACAUUCCAUCCCCUCUGUAUGGACAGAAGAAAACUGGCCACAAAUGUUCAUACAUGCUCAUACCUGUCAGUGGAUCACAUUCAGUGACUGCUUUAAACUUCAUGAAACACUUAAAAGAAAUCUAAGCUUUUGUUCUUUGUUUUUCAUCACGCUAUUCAUUGUUCAUACUGUAAAGUCUUGAUUACACCAAACUGACAUCUUGUUUGCCACUAAAUUCAUUAUCAUUAUCACAAACACAAUAAAUUUGCUUCCGUUACAUGAAAUCAAGAUUAAUACCCAUGUACUAACGAGACCGUCUGGUGAUUAGUGCAUAAGUAAAUACAAUAUAAUCCUCAUAUUGUCAACAUCCAUCUGCUUUUCGUUUUUUUUUUUCACCUGCAACAAAAAUGUCAAGAGAAUGAUUAAACUUUUUAUGAAUACAAAUAAAAUCAUUAAAUGCUAAUCAGAAAGAUAAGUGGAAAUGGAGAACACUGGAAGCCUCAUGGAAAUGCUAGCACUAAAUAUACAAAUGUGUCCGUUCUUAAUCAAAUGGCACUUUGGGUUUGAGUACAAAAUUACUUUAUAUGAUUAAAGUAAGCUGGUUAAUGUGGCUCGGGAAAGGGAAGUUUGGGGUCCCCUGCUGGAGCUGCUCCCCCCGUGACCCGACACCGGAUAAGCGGACGAAGAUGGAUGGAUUAAAUGAAGGGGUGGCACAUAUCACAUGGAAUGAUUCAGUAAUAGAUUUUAUCCCAUUUAGUUUGAGCUACAUGUAGUAGCCGUGCAUGCUGUACCGUGGUGGUUCAUAUGUAUAACCUGGCUUCCAGUUAUCAGUGCAGAAAGUCAUUGUGUGAAAUGCGUGAUCAUCAUGCUGACAUUACCUGACAGUUAUAUAGUUGUGUAUUUCUUUUUAGAGCACACAAAAGAGAUGAUAAUCACUUGGUCCUCGUGUCAAUCACAUUGUGACUACACUAAUUGUCAGUGAUCUAUAUUGUGGAAACGCAAACAGUCGUGUAGCUGGAGUCAACGUUGUCCUUAACUGCAUGUGAUGAUCCAAGAUUUUAAGAAAUUUUAUAUUACGAUGUGUAUUAUACUUAGGAAUCUAUUUUCUUUUACCAAAAAAAUGUAGGUCUGUGAAAAUUGUUUUGUAAAUCUCGGAAGAUAUUUGUCAAUUUUUGCAGUGGUACACAUGCAGUACAGAAUGGUAUAUAAUGUGGACUGUUUUGUGUAACUAAUGGCAUGUAAUAUACUGUACAUAUACAUGUGUUGCUUGUCUGAAUACCUUGUAUUUCAGGGUAUGUUUUGUAUAAACAUUGUAAGUAUUGUUAGAAAUGGUGCCGUUUAUUUUUGUAUUUAUUUGAGAUAACUGUUUGAAUGUGCAGUGCCAUGUGGUUUCCUUUGCUCCAGAAGAACCCCAACUCUCUUCAUCAUACUUUCUAAAUAAUCCCAAAAAAACUUUGAACAAAAUGGGUCAGGUCAUUUAUACAUGCAUUAUUUCAAAACCAAAAUGUUUAAACACUAUUCUCACUUGAAUGUUAACAUUUUCAGUUGACAUGAAAUUAGGUAUUUUGUUGUAAAUUAUCAAAAGGCAUCUCAGAUAAUUAGGGCUGGGUAUCGUUCAAACAUUUUUUGAUACCGGUACCGAUACCAAUACCAUGAC